AUGCCAGAAGGUUUUGAAGCCGUAGAAAAUCGUUUAGGGCAAUUAUUGACUAAUGAGGAAAGUUGUGGACGGCCUGUGAUACCUGUACGCGUACAACUGUUGUCAACGAUUUGGUUUCUUGCUACACCAGAUUCGUUCAGAUCUAUAAGUGAAAAAUUUAACUUCAAAUCUUCCUUACAUGACUGUGUGUGCCGAGUUGUGAAAGCAUUAAAUAUUAUAGCAAAGGAAGUUAUUAAAUGGCCUACAGGUGAAAAAUUAGAAAUAACAAAAGAAAAAUUUAUGAAUCUCGGGCAAACUCCUAUGCCUGGUAUAGUAGGAGCAAUCGAUGGGUGUUUUAUAUUUAUAAAGAAACCUAACAUUGAGGAAUUUGCUAUUCAUUACAAAAGCAGAAAGCUACAAUAUGCUAUAGUUCUGCAAGCAAUUUGCGAUGCAGAUUUGCAUUUUGUAGAUUGUUUUGCAAGUUAUCCAGGAUCGGUAGGAGACUACCGAAUUUUCCGGAACUCUGAUAUAUAUCAGGUGUAG